UGAGAGUGAGACGUCUUAGCGAACGCGCGCGAAAGUUGCAUUCAAACUCGCGCUACAAACAUAUUCCUGACCGCCAUUUUUUCUAGCCCGGGAUAAAAUAUAUAUAAAAUAUAGUGCUCAUUAUUACAUACAUAAUUUGUGGAAUAUUUUUAUACCAAAUUAAGUAUAUCAAGUGUUUGGUGGUUGCUUGAGUGACAGUGCAAGUGAUAAGUGACUUUCGCCGUCUGUUUGUGCAGGAUGAUGAUCACACGUAAUUUAAAGUUAUGGAUAUGCGUGGCGUGCCUGGCGUCAUCGCUGGCAGCGCCGUCGCCGUCGCCAUCACCAUCACAGAACCCACAACUGUAUCUGGACAUCAUCGACAUGGCGGCCAUCAGCAGAAUGUCACCACAGCAACUCGAAGCCCUCGCUGAAGGGUUAGCAGCUGAAGAAAUCAUGAGGACAAAAAGGUCGUCAGCUCAAGCGCUAACGUCAGUGGUGUCCAAGGCGUCAUCAGGGAUACAAAGCAAAGUAGGACUGUUGGGUCAGGCCUCCGCCUUCAUCGCGUCUGCUUCCAGCAAGAACGGGGGAGAAGAAGGACAUGGAUAUAACUAUGAACCGCACCAUCAAGACGAGAAAUACGACUACUGGGGCUUAAAGAAGUCGAUCCUGUACACAUUGUUCCAAGCCGUGAAGGCCAUCACUGGUGGUGUGACGAUCCUCAAGGGACAGCUGAUCAAGGGAGGCGGUGCGCUCGCGGCCACGCUCGGCAAGGUCAUCUCCGUGAAGGGAGACGCCGUCAGCAACCUCGGCAAGAAGAUCGUCAGCUCCGCAGCCCUCAGCCACAAGAAACCACAUAGCACGGCAGUUUACGGCCCUCCUCCUACCGCGCACUUGGAGUACGGGCCACCCACCGCGUACGGCGCUCCCACUGCGCCCGCGCACUUCACCGCUCCCUCCGUGCCUACGGGAUACGCGGCACACAAGUAUCCCGCGCAACUAGACGGCCGGGGUAAACUGAACGGCGUCCACGCGGGUCUCGUCAUACUGACCCCGCUGGGCGAUUCGCCGGCAGAGACCCUGGACACCGCGCACUCCGACUACACCGGCCACGGACACACACCCCUCGACCCGCCCCCCUCCAUCCUCCACACUGUCUACAGUGCCAUCAAGAACGCCUUCACUUCCACCGCCGCCACGCUCACCGAACCCUCGCAUGCGCCUUCAUACGCCGCACCCUCCUACCCGACCUCUUACGCCGAGGAGCCGACUGCUCCGGCAGCACCCGUGGCGUAUCAACCACCUCCACUACCGCAGCCAAUUCCAUCCUUCAAACCCAUGUCAUGGGGAGCCGUUAACUCGUACGGCCAACCUGCCGCAGCUGAUUCUUACUCUGAUUAUAACCCUCUACCGCCAGCUCCCAGCUAUGACUAUGCUGCACCCAAGCGGUCAGUGGUUCCUCCUGUUAAAAAGCAAGGCCUAACACCAGAAAAAAUACAGAAAAUCACCAAUAACUUGAAAAAAGUUACCGCUUACCUAAAUCAACAAAAGCGAUCUUCUGAAGAGUUCAAGUUAACUGAUUUAGAAGAAUACCGGCAAAUGUUGAUAAAUGGUGAAGUUCCCUUCCUGCCUACUCCUGUUGUCUCUGACAAUGAGAUAGGCGUCCUCCCGGCGGAGCUCCUCCCCGAGCCUGUGGCCGUCACCACUAGCACCACCACCACAACUAGCACCUCCACAGCAAAGCCAAGUACCACCACAGAACAGAACAGAAGACAAGACGUCAAAUACUUCCUCCGAGGCAACAAGAUUGUUCAAGUGUGAUUACUCUGACUCUUGACUGACUGAAGAAUUCCCUGUCGAGCAGCCGCUGCUCAAUGCUGAGGACUUGCAGCAUUACUACCAUCACUAAAUUAUUCUAAUAGUUUCAAUGUUUGGUGGUCAUUAUUUAAGUUAUUAUUUUUAUACUUAUUUUCUUUAAAACUUUAAUUUCUAAGCCAAAAAGAUUUUUGAAUUAAUUGGUCUUGAAGACUGUUUAAUUUCAUAGCUAACUGUUGUUAGCCUCAAUUAUUGUUAAUAGUUAAUUAGGAAAUUGUAAAUUAGUAAAUCAAGAACAAAUCCAGAGAUUAAUGUCGUUCAAUAAUAUCAGCUACCGCGAUAUACCAAAAAAUAUGUAAACAAAAGCAAAUCACCGAAUGAAAUAGUAGAUAAAACUUGACGAAGCCACUAUGGAACCAGUCCAGGCUUGUAGAAUAAGUGAAGUACCAUAGCUGGGCUGUGUGCAAUCUUCGGAUUAGUCUGACCAUGUUCCUGACUGUGACCUCAGGCACCCAACAGUGCACCAAUCUUACACGUCUUUAAGCUUGAAAGGGAGAAAGCAAAGUUUUUAUCUCUUACUUUAUGUACUUAUAUAAAACACUCUAUUUUGACAAUGAUGGAAAAUCGAGAGCGUGUCAUAAACACCUACCAAUAUUUAGUAAGUGAUUUUAUUGACAACGUCUCGAAUUUUUCAACGUCUAUUAUUUAAAGGGCCAUAAAGUCACUGCUUACUCCAGUUUAAACGAACUCAAAUUGAAAUAAUACCUAAUUAAGGCCGCAGUAUUAAGGAUAGCAAUUUUCAAAUGUCAAGUACACUGGUACCAUAUUUGUACGUAAUUUAUUAAGCCGCUUAUUUGAAGAAAUUGGUGUUACCUAUGAGAAUGUAGGACGGUUUGAAAUUAGUGUUGUAAAUAAUGCUCAAAUAACUAAUAGAUAUUAUUUAUACUUUAUUUUGUAAUGUAAUAAAUGUAAUUUACUAUUUUUGUAAAUAAAUGAUGAAGGGUGUGUGAUACAA